UGAACGAAGCCGGCACAGCAUCCUCCAGGGCCGCUGGAGUUCGCGGGAAACCGGCUGUAGUCGUGUUACUUCAAGCACAACUGGAGUCCGGUUUAAACAACAGUCUCUGAUACUAAAUCAGUGUUUAAUUCAACGAUACGUUUCAAACGACUGCGCUCGAAAACAGAGCAGUGACACGGUUUAAAACGUCCGCUUGACUGCUGCCAUGGCUGCUAGGCUAACAGCCGACGCUUAGGGAGCUAGCUAACGGGAGGCUGUCACAUUGGCUAACAGCGCGGACAGGAUAGAGAAAACACUGCCGACUACAAAGAGACAAAGGGCUGCCCCUGUCAGGCACGAAAACACCGCGAAAGAGUAUGUUCAAUCUAGACCGUUUUCGCUUUGACAAGACGGCAGCGACGACGACGACAAAGAAAGAGGACAGCGGCUCCAAAAGUCCAGAGUCAGAGAAGGAGAACAAGCCAGCUCAAAUGAAACCUGUCAAAGUCCCACCAAAGUCCCAUGCACGAGGAGUAGUUUUUGAGGAAGUUCUUUCUAUCGACUUGGACGAAGAUGACCUCCUCUCUGACAAAAAGACCAAAAUAUCAUUAACCAGGAAAUCCAACCCCACAGGGAAAUCAUCCAAAAAUGUGGAAUCGCAUGAUACAGAUACUGAGGACAACGAAGUGGAGGACAAAGUGUGCAGACUACUGGAGAUGUUUCCUCAGUUGACGAGGACGAUGGUACUGGAGGUCAUUGGGAGCACAAGCACACUGGAUGGGGCUGUGGCUGUUUGCCUUUCAAAGUUUGGUGACAAAGAAGCCCCAGACCAAGGCAGGAAGAGAAAACAGGAUGGAUCCAGCAGUUCUCAUCAGAGUGGUGAGGAUCAACCCAACAAGAAGAGGAGGACUUCAGUGGUUUCUGAUGAUGAAGAAGAUAAUGAAAGGAAUGAGCCAAGCUGGGAGAAGCAGGAAGCCAUGGUCAGAAGACUGCAGAAGAAGUUCCCUGACCAGGAUAAGGAGGAGCUGCGGAUGGUGCUGCAGGAACACGACUGGAAUGUUGAGGAUGCUCUGCAGGUUCUCCAAAUGUUUUCAGACCCAGAUAAUACCAGCUUCAGCUCACCUGAGACAGAAGAAAAGAAAUCCACUAAAUCGAAAAGCAAAGACAAGUCUAGCAGAGACCACAGAAAGUUGAAGCGGCACAAAGAUCAUGGAGACAAUAAAAAAAGGAGCGACCAUAAGGACCACAGAAAUGAUAGUGAAACAGAGGAGAGUAGAGAUGAUACAGACGCUACAAAGGACAGUGAAGACUCUGACUCAGAAGACAGCGAUGGUUCCAAUAAGAAAAGUAGACCUUUCACUCUGUCUUCAUGGCUUAUAAAAAGUCCCGAUCCAGUAUCCUCAUCCUCCUCUGUCAAGAAAACAACUACCUCUUCCUCCCUGAAGCCGUCCUCCUCUUCCUCCACUGCUCAGAUGCUGUCCAAGUUUGCCAGUGGGACCAGUAUAGCCAAGAAGCAGGCAGCAGAGAGCAAGAGGAAGGCGCGUGCCGCAGAUGAACAUGUCAGUUCUGAGGGAGAAAAUGACGACGAAGAGGACACCGUUAGCAGUGAGUUUGAGAACUCUGACGAUGAGCUGGACUCUAAAGGUGGAAUGACAGAACUGAAGAAAGAGAUCAUCAAAUUCUUCCAGAAUGCGUCGAUAGAUGAGCUGUCGCUGAUCUCUGGCUGCUCGGUUAAAAAGGCCCAGAAGAUUGUGGAACUGAGACCCUUUGAUAGCUGGGAAAGCCUGGUUGAUGUCUUCCAUAAGGACAAUGGACUGUCUGAGGACUUACUGCUGGGCUCCAGAGUCGUCCUCAAAGAGCGGAAGGUUGUCCUGGG